UCUUAAAUAAAUUCCCAUAAAUUCCAGGAGGAACUAUUGUUAUAAAACAGUAAAAUUCAGUGAAAUCUACACUGUAUUUUGCACGACCUUUAAAAUCUCUUUGUGUAAAGUGCACCGGGGAGUUGUGCUGUUGCAGGAACUAGAGGACACUGUGUCAGUUCGUUGAGCUGAGUGAUAAUCUGGGCAAGGGAAAUGCUUCUGUUGGUGAUAUGUAAAACAACUGGUUUAUUUGGAAAUUACUCCACAAAUAUUCCAUUCCAAAAGCCAUUUGGAGUAGAAUGUCACACUAAGGCACCUGCCACUUUCAUUGCAAAGUGAAUUCUCAUAAAAUAAAAAAAUCUUUGCUAACAUAUGUUCAGAUAUGAUAAUAUGAAUCAAAAUUUCCUAAUGACUUAGCCUCUUAAAUAGUACAAAAUAAUAAAAUAUUUGUUAUUUAGCUUCCUGUCCUUGAAACAAGUGCCUUGCAAUGCAAUUCAACAUUCAACAUAUAAUUUCAACAAAAUUCAACAUAUAAUUUUCAUCAUCAUUUUAUAUGUCAAAAGGGAGUUUUAAAUAUCGUUGUACCAUGCUUGCCUUGAUAACAGCUACAAAGCACAAUCCACUUAAUAUUUUUAAAAAUUAUUAUUUAAAAUUAUUAUUUCUGCAGUUUAAGAUUUCCCUGAGAUAGCGUGUUAGCAUGUGAGCAUAUGUGUAAUUGUGUUAUGGGUCCUCACAACAGCAGUGAAGUGAUAAAAGUUGCUUCCAUUCACCUCUCUCUACAGUGUUUUUGUUGCCUUGUAAAGAAGUAUCAUUGCUUCCUAAAGACUUGUUUCAACACUGACUACUGUUAAUACCAUGGCUUGUGUUACUGUUGCAUUACUGUCAUUGGCAAAUGGGACACCCUGUGUAAAGUCGGUCUUUGUAUGAAUAUAUGCAAGAAAGAAAAGCUAUAGGCAAGGUUGCCAAGGAAAUUAUAAAAAUUAUAGCAAAAUAUACCUGUUUUUCCAUUGUUACAUUCAGUAACAGUAGCAUUUUAAAUACCUCAUUCUUGCAUGCUAAUAACUCACGUGCUAAAGCACUGAAUCUGACAGGGGAGACACAGGGGGCCCAGGUUUAAAGAUAGCUCUGCAUAGUGUAUAAUUCCAGAGCCCUGCUGAUGUUACGGGACACACUGUAUUAGACUUCACUUAGCUUUGAUUUCUUUUUGCCUAUUUUGUCCAGCUGCUGUAGUGUGCUAAUCCUUUUGUUUCAUCAGAUGUCUGAAUACAUAAGAUGCAGCACAGAGAUGAAUUAACAUACCAAGCAUAAUUCAGCUGCCUUGGCUAUUUAUUGUUUCUUUCAUUUGCUCCUUUGAGGCGUUUGACUGACAUCUGCUAUUUUAACAAAAUGAAUGUUGGCUAAAUCAACAAACCAUUACAAAGGAUCUUUAUACAUACGAAGACGGUUAAUAGUGGUAUUCCCAUCUGCUACAUCAACCACUUUUUGGCUGCUUGUGGACAAAGAACUUGGGAAAAAUUGCUACAGACAGAGAAUAAAGAAAUGUUUGGAUGUACUCCCAAGAGUGACUUGCCCAAACCAUCCAGAUUCCAUUUUGGUAGAGGAUUACAGAGCUGGUGAUAUGAUCUGUUCUGAAUGUGGGCUAGUAGUAGGUGACCGGGUCAUAGACGUAGGGUCAGAGUGGAGAACUUUCAGCAAUGACAAAGCGACAAAAGACCCGUCUCGAGUUGGGGAUACCCAGAACCCUUUGCUGAGUGAUGGCGACUUGAGUACAAUGAUUGGCAAGGGCACAGGUGCAGCAAGUUUUGAUGAAUUUGGAAAUUCAAAGUACCAGAAUCGCAGAACUAUGAGUAGCUCUGAUCGUGCGAUGAUGAAUGCUUUUAAAGAAAUUACAAACAUGGCAGACAGAAUCAACCUCCCUAGAAAUAUAGUUGAUCGAACAAAUAAUUUAUUCAAGCAAGUGUAUGAGCAAAAGAGCCUGAAGGGAAGGAGUAAUGAUGCUAUUGCUUCUGCUUGUCUCUACAUAGCCUGUAGGCAAGAGGGUGUUCCAAGAACAUUUAAAGAAAUAUGUGCAGUAUCCAGAAUUUCAAAGAAGGAAAUAGGCCGGUGUUUUAAACUUAUUUUGAAAGCUCUUGAAACCAGUGUUGAUCUGAUUACAACCGGAGACUUUAUGUCAAGAUUCUGUUCAAAUCUGGGUCUUCCUAAACAAGUACAAAUGGCAGCCACACAUAUUGCCCGUAAAGCUGUGGAAUUAGAUUUGGUUCCUGGGAGAAGCCCUAUCUCUGUAGCAGCUGCAGCUAUUUACAUGGCAUCACAAGCCUCUGCAGAGAAAAGGACACAAAAAGAAAUUGGCGAUAUUGCUGGUGUGGCUGAUGUUACGAUCAGACAGUCUUACAGGCUGAUCUAUCCUCGAGCUCCAGAUCUCUUCCCAGCAGACUUCAAAUUUGAUACCCCAGUAGACAAACUACCACAGCUGUGAAAUUUCAGAGGGUUACUUUUAAUUUCUAUUAAAAAAAAAAAAAAAACUUUUGAUUUUUGCCUAUAAUAAAGGAUGUACAAAGUGUUAAUAUUGAGUCUUCAUGUUGUGGAACUGGAGGAUAUGGAGACCAAGCAUAACUGCUGGAACGCAGCACACAUUCCAGGGGUAAACAAACUCAUUGUGUGGCGUUUUGUAUGUAUAUAUUAGUCGAAGUAAAUAUUUAAUGACUGUUGCAACAAGCUUAAUUUCAUAUUGUUGUACUUACUUAGAUUUCUUUUGUAGGGAAUCUAGUAGAAUGUAUUUUGGAAAAUUGAAAUUAUUAUGUAAUUCCUGAAUAAACUGUUUUCCAAAAACA